AAAGAAAGAAAGAAAGAAAGAAAGAAAGAAAGAAAGAAAGAAAGAAAGAAAGAAAGAAGAAAGAAAGAAAGAUCGAUCAGCCAGCACCUCCCUUUUCAGUAACUUUACGACUUAACAGCUAGCAAGCAUUUCUCAGCAGAAAAACAGAACUCGCAGCCACUGCAACAUGGCGGAGACGGCCGAAGCUGCAGCAGCUGACGUGAGCAGCAGGAGAAGUGUGACCAUUGAAAUAUCAAAUCUCACUAACAACUACUGCCUUGUCAACCCCAGGGUAUACCUUGAGAAUGGGGAGGCAUACAACCCACCGCAACCUACAGUGCGCCCUCUAAAGACAGAGGUUUGCACUUUCACCAAGUCCAGCAGCAAAGCAACAGGCAGCGUUGGCGUACUGACCUAUGACCUUUUUGAGAGGUCACAGAAUGACUUCAUUGAGACUGUGGCUCUCAUGUUCUCAGUCCCCUGGGACUACAACCUGUACAAGAACUGGUUUGCAGUGGGCAUUUAUAAAAAGGGUCGUAGUUGUGAUAAGGAAUUGUACAAAGAAAUGUACUACGAGAAGAACCAGCAUGAACAUGGAUUUGUCAGGGAGGAAGCCACUGGGUCAGGAAUCAAUUACAUGGGCAACUACCUAGAUAUCAGGGCCACUAUGUCUCCUCUAGGCAAAGCCAUCAUGAAGGUAGAGGUGUGGGAUAAGCUUCUUACACCCAUGGGCCAGCAGGCAUGCUAAAGCGCCCCUUGCUACCAGUAUUUUUGUCAUGUUUCCUGACAGCAGAAUUUAGCCCGCCACCUUCUGCUUCUUCCUGGCAGACUAUUUCUAAUACAGCAGGCAUGCAUGAUUUAACAGCCAUAUUGUUGCUGACAUGUGUCUGUGUACCUGGAUAUUACCCUUCAGUAAAUCAGCUUAAGAUCAGAGUUUAGUUUGUUUAUAAAUUCACACAGCAAUACCCCCCCCCCUUUAUAAUCACAGCUUCUCUCUGUUUCAAUAGCAUUCAGUUUUAAAAUGGAAUCUUUAGAAAUGGAAAUCAAAGGAUGACUCACCGGAGGAUGAGGGCACAUAGCUUAAUAAAAUACGCAGAAAGCUUGUCUGUAUUUACCUUGACACUGUAGUCUGAGGAAUAAAAUAAACCUUUUUCUAAAGCUAUUUGUGUAUGACUGUUGACUGAGUUUAGAAGAUGCAAAAGUGCUUAAAAAAGAAAUGAGAUUUUAUGUAUAUA